UGGCGGGCGGUGUCGGCGGCAGGGCUCCUUCGCUCUCUUCAGUCAGCGCCGAGGGCCGCGCUCGCGGGGCGUCCGGAGGAGCCGCCGCCGAGGAUGCCGAAUUUCUGCGCCGCCCCGAACUGCACCCGCAAGAGCACCCAGAGCGACCUGGCCUUCUUUCGCUUCCCGCGGGACCCCGCCCGAUGUCAGCGUUGGGUUGAGAACUGCCGAAGGGCCGAUUUGGAAGAUAAGACGCCGGACCAAUUGAACAAGCAUUACAGGCUGUGCGCGAAGCACUUUGAAACCUCGAUGAUAUGUAGGAGCAGUCCCUACAGGACUGUUUUACGAGACAACGCCGUGCCAACAAUUUUCGACCUCACGAGCCAUUUGAACAACCCACAUAGCAGACACAGGAAAAGAAUUAAAGAGCUGAGUGAAGAAGAAAUAAGAACAUUAAAGCAGCAAAAGAUUGAUGAAGCUUUUGAGCAGGAAAAGAUGAACCAAGAAUCCGUUGACAACGACCUGCGGAACCCAGCCUCGGAGGAAGGAGGCGACGAGCCGGUCGAAGACGAUGUCCCUUUAACGCAAGAGGAGAGGGAAAACAAAGAUUACCUUAAGUCUCUGUUUGAGAUUUUAAUCCUGAUGGGGAAACAAAACAUCCCUUUGGACGGCCACAGUGCUGACGAACUCCCCGAAGGGAUCUUUACUCCAGACAACUUCCAGUCUCUCUUGGAAUUCAGGAUAAAUUCCGGAGAUGAGGUCCUGAGGAAGCGGUUUGAGACCACGGCUGUGAACCUCGCCUACUGCUCCAAAGCCCAGCAAAAGCAAAUGCUGGAGAUUUGCGAAAGCUGCUUGCGGGAAGAGACCCUCCGCGAGGUCCGGGACUCUCACUUCUUCUCCAUCAUCACAGAAGAGGUGGUGGACCUCGCCGGCGAGGAACACCUGCCGGUGCUGGUGAGAUUUGUGGACGAUUCUCACAACCUGAAGGAGGAAUUCAUAGGGUUCUUGCCGUACGAGGCGGACCCCGAAAUCCUGUCCGUUAAGUUCCACACGACCAUUACCGAAAAGUGGGGCUUGAACAUGGAGUACUGUCGAGGCCAAGCCUAUAUCGUCUCCAGCGGGUUUGCCUCGAAAAUGAAGACUGUGGCGACAAGGAUCUUGGAGAAAUACCCUCAAGCUGUUUAUACGCUGUCGUCCUCCUGUGCCUUGAACAUUUGGCUAGCCAAAUCUAUUCCAGUCCUGGGCAUUUCCAUUGCCCUUGGAAAGAUAGAAGAGGUUUGCACGUUUUUUCAUCAGUCGCCCCAGCUGCUAGCCGAUUUGGACAACGUCAUCUCCGUCCUCUUUCCGAACAGCGAAGAAAGGGGGAACGAGCUGAAGGAGGUCGUGCGUUCCCACUGGACGGGCCGCCACGACACCUUUGAGAUUGUCGUGGACCUCAUGCAAGCCCUCGUGCUGUGCCUGGACUCCAUAAACGACACGUCCGUCCGGUGGAACAGCUCGGUUGCCAGCCGGGCGUGCACGCUUUCCACCGCCCUGUCGGAUUUCGACUUUGUGGUCACGGUCGUAAUCAUCAAAAACAUCCUCUCUUUCACCAGGGCCUUUGGCAAGAACCUCCAAGGCCAGACCUCGGACGUCUUCUUUGCGGCCAGCAGUUUGACGGCGGUGUUGCAUUCCCUGAACGAGGUGAUGGAGAACAUCGAGGUGUACCACGAGUUCUGGUUUGAGGAAGCCACCACCCUGGCCACCAAGCUGGACCUGCCCGUCAAGCUGCCGGGGAAAUUCAGCCGCGCCCAGCAAGGCAGCUUGGACUCCGAAAUCACCCCGGAAAACUACUACAAGGAAGCGCUUAGCAUCCCGACCAUGGAGCACAUCAUUCAGGAGCUGAAGGACAUCUUCUCCGAGCAGCACCUGAGGGCUCUGAAGUGCUUGUCUCUGGUGCCCUCGGUCAUGGGGCAGCUCAAAUUCAACACGUCCGAGGAGCACCAUGCCGACAUGCACAAAAACGACCUUCCCAACCCGGACACGCUCUCCGCGGAGCUUCACUGCUGGAGGAUCAAGUGGAAGCACAGAGGGAAGGACAUCGAGCUCCCCACGACCAUUUACGAAGCCCUCCACUUGCCCGACAUCAAGUUUUUCCCCAACGUGUACGCCUUGCUCAAAGUCCUCUGCAUCCUGCCGAUAAUGAAAGUGGAGAACGAGAAAUUUGAAGUGGGCCGGAGGCGCUUGAAGGCCUACCUAAGGAACACGUUGACCGAGCAGAGGUCAAGCCACCUGGCCCUGCUCAACAUCAACUUUGACAUUAAGCACGACUUGGAUUUGAUGGUCGACACCUACAUCAAGCAGUACCCCGAGAAAGUAGAGGAGGAUUUCCUCCCCCCUAACAGUUCAGAAGCAGCGGAAGAGACUUAAUACAGGAACGGGGCAGUUCUCUGUUGUCUGUUUUGGAUACUUGGUUUUGCCUUAAAAAACAAACAAAAAGGCAGGUUGGGGGUUCAUAACUGAAAGAGGAGUAACUGGGUCCUAGCAAGCAUCUUUUGGUUUCUAUGGUGUGUUUCCUCAACAAGCCCUGAGCCAAUUGUUCAGGUUUUGUUGCUUCUUCACCCCAAUUUACAGUUCUGUAAAGCUUUUAUUAUUUAAAAGUGCACAGUGAGUGCAAUUGCCACGACUGUGCGCCUUCUCUCUCAUCCCCAUCUGAUGUCCCUUACAAUACGACGCAGUUUGAUCUCUUCGCUUUAGGGAAACCCAGUUCAUGUCCAGAUAACUAGAAACGCCCUUUAAAAAUGAACAAAAUGUAUUGGGUUGUUGCUGUUUCGGCUUACGGAUCUCCCUGAACCCUGAACAGGGAAAUCUUUCAAAAUGGUAUACAUUUAAAUGUACUAUUUAGAGCAGUUUGAGUUGGGUCUAAUCUAGGCACCCCCAAACUGCGACCCUCUAGAUGUUUUGGCCUACAACUCCCAUGAUUCUUAGCUAAGAGGACCAGUGGUCAGGGAUGAUGGGAAUUGUAGUCCAAAAAGUCUGGGGAUGUCUGGUCUAAUCCAUGCCCUCCUAAUGUUACUGGACUCCAGCUUCCAUCAUCCUUGUCGUUUGGCCUUGCUGGUUGGGGCUGAUAGUCUUUGGAGUCUGCAGUACCAGGAGAACCCCGUGAUGGCUACCCCGCCCUAAACUAAUCUGUUGUCGAAAUUCUUUUAUGUGUCUGGAGUUCAGUUCCCCUGAGACUUGCGGGACUUCCCACAACACUCUGCACAGAGGAUUUUAGACAAGGGCUUUUGGCGAUCCUAGUCUGGCUGUUUGGGAGAAAUGUGUGUUUUUUCCCAAGGGGUGCGUUAACUUCAACUGCCUGCCCUUGUUUCCCUUCUGUUGCAUUGACUGUUUGAUGGCCCUCUUUGACCUCUCCUCUACUUUUAGGACUGGAAGGGAGCUCUCCCCCCCCCCCCCCGGAAAUGAAGCUAUCUUGUAAAGGAAACAACAACAGAAAACUAUAUUCCAAGAGCAUCUAGAACUGUGCAUCGGCCCGACUUGUAUCUAUAAGUUUUUUACUAGCCUCCAGAAUAUGAAUUGCAAGCCUAGUUAGGCAGAAGAGCAAAGAGGAGGAUAUGUUCGGUUUUCCUUUUGGGGUUUUCUUUUGGUUUUUUUUUAAAUGAAAAAUGUAGAAGUCAUAUGGAGUUUUUUUCUGCUGGUAUUUUUUUGGCAAACAACGGAAAUGUUUUUGUAUAGUUUUAUUUCCAUCCAGAAUAAAAUGUGAAUUUGCUAUUUUGGUAUUAUCCGUGUGUUGUGGCCAUAGAGUAGGCUGUGUGUGUGUGUGUGUGUGUGUGUGCGCGCAUGCACAAAUGAUUAGUCUUUUUAUGGGGCCCAGGAAAGAGAUUCUGCUGCUGAAGCAGUGGUUUUUCAAACUCUCCCGGCCAGGAGCUCUUUUUGUGUUGGUUCACCUGCCAAGCAAACCCUGAGCGUCUGCCACGGAACUUGUGUACAGAGAGGAUUCUGGUACUUGAGGUUGUGCAUUUGAUUCAUGCGGGGGUACUAGCAGGGCCUGUUCAAAAUCUGAGAAGAGCCUUACUGGAUCAGGCCAAUGGCCUGUCUAGUCCAGCAUCUAUGACCAGAUCAUAGAAUUGUACAGUCGUAUCUCAGAAGUCGAUCGGAAUCCGUACCGGAAGUCCAUUUGACUUCCGAAACGUUUGGAAACCCAAGCGCGGCUUCUGGUUGGCUGUAGGAAGCUCCUGCAGCCAAUCGGAAGCCGUCGGAUGUUUGGCUUCCGAAAGAACUUUCAAAAGCUGGAACACUCACUUCCGGUUUUCGAUCGUUUGAAAGCUGGAACGUUCGACUCCCGAGGCGUUUGGGAGCUGAGGUACGACUGUACAGUUUAAAAAUAAAAAAGUGUGAUUCUGAAGUAGUUCCUGGACUUUGGGGGGGGGGUAGGGUCGGGAGAUAUAAUUUUGACAGAAGCAUUCCCAGAAAAUUGGGAUUCCCAUAAUCAGCUUGUCAGAGGGUGUCAGAGGCAUCUAACAACUUUCUCCAGAGUGUGGAAUCUGCCACUGGGAUCUUGGGAAGCACUUCAAAAGAGUUUAGUUGGCAUGGGAAACACACUGUAUAAAAUCCAAAAGCAACCUGAACGCUUGUGUCACUUAAAAAUAAAUAAAUACAGUAUUUAUAUAUUGCUUUUCAGGUGGACCUCCCAAAGCGGUUUGCAUAAGAUUAUUACAACCAGAAACAUUUAGUUUUUAAAACGGUUGCAGAAGAAUAGUAACAUGACAUUUUGCACCCCCAAAGUGCAACAGCAGCGACAUCCCAUUUUUUAAUUUUUUUUAAAAAAAAUUCCCCAAGGGAUUGGAAAGAGUUGCCCUCAGCGGUGCAGGUGCAGUUGUGUUUUGAACGUUCUUAGCAUAAAUCUGAGGAUUAGUUUCUAAUGUUCUCGGUGUGCUAAUUUCCUGCUGCUCCUGAGCCGAAUUGAGUGCCAUAACCGAUUCUCCAGAUGCUGCAAUGAGGCGAUCAUCUUGUAAGGUUCUGCUGAAUGGGAUGGCCUCUUUUCGCAAGCUGCAGAAAUUGUGCAGUGGACGAGAAGUGACGUUUUAUUAAUUGAGCUAUUUCUGGAGCUUACAUGUAGGUCUUGUGGGGUAAAGCUCUGCAUGGCUGCUAAGUGGCUCCGUGGAUGUUUGACAACGGAACAGCCUCCAGUAGAGAGAGAGAUUGCAAAAAUGGAGUUGCAGACAGAUAGCUGGAAUAUCAGAACAGUGCAGAAUAUUUAGUGGACCAUCUUUUGUGUGCCAAAUGCUAGCUUUCUAUAUAGCUGGUCUGGGUAACCAGUGUUAGAAACUCGGAGAUACAGUAGUACCUCUACUUACGAAUAACUCUACUUACGAAUUUUUCUACUUACGAAUGGAGCUCCGGCCGCCAUCUUGGAUGCGGUUUAGAUAGGAUUUCUUCGACUUACGAAUUUUUAGAUAGGGCUGCUUCGACUAGCGAAUUUUUCUCCCAAUGCAUUCCUAUGGGAUGCAACAUACAAAUUUUUUCGACUUACGAAUGUGCGUUCGGAACGCAUUAAAUUCGUAAGUAGAGGUGCCACUGUAUAAGCUAGGGGCCAAAUGUCUCCUUAAACCAAGGUUGCAGUCACCAAAAUGGAAUGUCUAGUUGCCAUUUAUGUUAAGACUGCUCUAAAGUCGUAUUUUUUAAAUGAUGGACUGACUGAUUCUCAAUUAAAUAUCUGGCUAGUUCAGAGGACAAUCUUGAGCUAGAACUUUGAUCCGGAGACAACCCACAAAUAUAUCGGCCUAUUCUGACCUCUUUUUCUUAAUGGUGACAUGGACCGUUCAUAACAUAAGAAUAUCAUUCACAAUUGUGAGCAGGGGAGUGUAGUGGGGGGGUAAGUGAAGACAAGCGACAACAAUUAACUAGAAUGUUGUUCACUGCCCCUGCUCAGGCUGCACAAAAAAAUGCAUUUUGGUUCUGGAAAUUCAUUCCAGUUGUGCAGAUAAAAUAUAACUGAUAGGAUUCUACAGGGUGGGGUAUUGGUGUGUGAAUGUGAAAACAGUGCCCCCCCCCGGCAUGUGCCUUCAGAUGGUGAUGUCAGGUGCUAUCGUGGCCAAUAAAGGUAAAGGGACCCCUGACCAUUAGGUCCAGUCGUUGACGACUCGGGUUGUGCCGCUCAUCUCGCGUUAUUGGCCGAGGGAGCCGGCGUACAGCUUCCAGGUCAUGUGGCCAGCAUGACAAAGCCGCUUCUGGCGAACCAGAGCAGCGCAUGGAAAUGUCGUUUACCUUCCUGCUGUAGCGGUACCUAUUUAUCUACUUGCACUUUGACGUGCUUUCGAACUGCUAGGUUGGCCAAUAGCUGCAAAAUGCACCUGGCACCUGGCUAAUUUUGAACACUGGGGGGAACCUUUGAUUCUCCUGGUUCUCCUGCCAGGCUACAACUUCCAUCAGCUCCAGCAAGCAUGGCCAAUGGACAUUGGGGGUUGUAGUUCAAGAACAUCUGGAGGGCCAAAGGUUCCCUACACCUGCCACAAGACUUUGCAUAAAAGAAUAAAAACAUUGACCAAAUCUGGCAGUUUAAAGCUAAACAGGAGAUAAUGUCUCAGGAGACAAUGGAGGAGUGCGCUUUUGGGAGUGAAGUCAAGCUCCUGGAAAGUUGCAGCACCUGUGAUUGUAGAGACUGAUAUGGGGAGACAUGUUUUGUUGCAACUGGGGCAGAUGAAGACGUCUGGUUGUGCUGCUGUAGAUGCGCCAGGGCGUUUCUUCUCUGCACACUUCCCAGCAGUCAUUCCUCCUCUGGUCACUGCUAUGAAUGGAUGACCUGACUGACUGUCUCCAGGCAUUGCGGUCACCUGUAAGGGAUUCCAACACGGUGGGGUUGAUGUUGCCACCCUUUGGGUCUCAUUUGCAGACAUCUUUGUAGCACAGAGCUGGGUCAGCCAACAGGCCUGGUGCCUGAAGCCAGCUCCUCGUAGAGUACAUCCUUGGGAAUCCUGCCAUCUUCCGUUCUGUGGACGUGACCAAGCCAACAUAGACGUCACUGAGACAGGAGAGCAAACAUGCCGGGAUAAAGCACGGGUUGGGGCUGAUGGGAAUUGUAGUCCAAAACAUCUGGAGGAAAUGAAAGUUAGGAUUAAUCUUGGAGACGAAUUGCAGUAGCUUGCAGCACCAAGGUACUGGGGUUAUAUUCCAGGCAGCCGAAGAGGGUUGCAGCAGGCGAGGUUAAUUGCUCUUGCCAUUUUGUUAAAUUCGCAAGCUCCUCUCGUUUCCCCUCAAACAAAACUGGUUUGCAACCAGCAAAGCAUGGGGAGUUAGAAAUUAAAGUGGAACAGCUGCCUUUGGCACAACGGGCAAUGCAAAACGAGCAAAGAGUGCCAAGCACCGUCAAAGCGUAAUCUGAAAAGUUCCUAACGAAAACCAUAUUGGCACAGGGCAGCUGAGGAGGGAGGAAAACCUGUUUUGGAGUGAAAUAAGAAUAUCCCAUCAAUCAACAAGGAAUAGAUGCAUGUGGCCAAAACCUAAGUGGAAGCAGGCCUGAAACAGGCAGCUCUAAAGCCCUCGAUAAUGAGAUCCCGUACAAAUUGGGAUGGGAAGUCUGUGACCCACUAGAUCAGGCAUCCCCAAACUGCGACCCUCCAGAUGUUUUGGCCUACAACUCCCAUGAUCCCUAGGUAACGGGACCAGUGGUUAGGGAUGAUGGGAAUUGUAGUCCAAAACACCUGGAGGGCCGAAGUUUGGGGAUGCCUGCACUAGAUUAUAGUGGACUACAAAUCCCAUCAUCCUGGGCCAUAGGCCAUGCUGAUGGGAGCUGAAGUCCAACAAUGCCCGGAGCCUGUUGACAGUUGGCAUCAAGGCAGCACACCAAGCAGGCCCCCAAAUCUGGCCGCCGUCUUCCUUGCCGCGGUGAGAUGGAUUGAGUUUCUAUUUAAAUGACAGCGAGGGUUUCUAAAUUUGCAUCUAGGUGUUUAAAUUAGCAUAUGCAAAUUUCUUGUCUCUGUUUUUGAACUACAUGAAAGUAAGUUGAGUGAUACUGCUAGCCUUACCCCUUGACCUAGUGUAUUUCCCAUGUAAGGAAGAGAGCCAGGGGGUUAUACGGUGCCCUUUCGGGAUUUUGCCAGCAGAAUGGGGGAAAGGCUGGGCGAGCUUCUCUAGAACAUGCCAUACUUAAACCAUUAAACGACGAAACCUCAAGAUCAAUACAGUGGUACCUUGGCUCUCAAACGCCUUGGUACUCAAACAACUUGGAACCCAAACACCAUGUUCCGAUUUGUGA